AUGACGGAAGAAUUAUCAUCAGUAAAAUGGCGCAGGAAAGUUUUGCAAAUCACAGAAUUGCUCUGCGAAACUGUGAAUCCUGAGCAGCUCUUGGAAUCGGUCAGUUUUCCAGUGAUUUUUCAUAAAGCCUUUGGAUUUUUUAAAGCUACCAUAUUUGCAUGAAAGUGGUUGGGAUGAAUUAGUCGAAGAGCGUUCCGUGAAUAAAACUUGUGGAUAUCCAACUUGUUCUCGAUCUUGUCGGCCAAACAAUCAAAAACAAUUAUAUCACAUCGAUAGAAAAUCAGGAAAAAUUUAUGAGAAUUCAAAUCUUCGAAAGAAAUUCUGUUCGGAUCAUUGUUUUGACAAAUCAUUGCAAGUAAGAGGACAAUUAGAAACUGAAGCUUUAUGGAUAACUGGAGAAAACUCGAGAUUUGGUAAAAAUAGAGAUUUUAUUUUUGGAGAGAAAAACUUAUUUUCAGAUAAAUCCUAUGUUUUGCCAAAAGAUAUGGUUGUUGAAAUAACCGAAGAAAAACCAAGGAAUAUUUUACCGAAGAAAGUCGAAAUUGUGCAAGAAAAUGAUGUGAGUUUUGGGAUAUUCUUCUGACAUUUUUGGAUUUUUUUUUCAGUUGCUGGCAAAAAUUUCAAACCUGAAAAUCAAAGAUGAAGAAAGUGAUAAAGAAGACAAUGAAGAUGAUGAAAAUGAGGAAUUCAAGCACAUUGAACCAUAUGAAAAAUGCUCAGUGAGUUCUAAUUUUUUUUUCCAAAAAAAAGUAGUAUUUAUUCUGUUUAAUUUUGUAGGACGAUGAAGAAUUUGUGAAUUCGAUUCAGAAAUUUGUGAGAACCAAGGAAUGCUCAACAAAAUCGAGUCCGAAAUCAAAAUCACAACCUCUUCCAAAUUCUGACAAAGAAAAGGAGAUUUUCGAAAAAUUGCGAAGUAAAUAUGGAAAACAAAAUGCUAAGCCUAAACCAAUUUUCAUCGACCCGCCAAAAAUGUUAUCAGAAAAACAAUCGAAAAUGAGUCGCGGUUUGAAAAUUGAAUGGAUUUCUAAACUUUUCGGGUUUGUUUUGAGAUUCAGAACCUGAAAUUUUCUAGAAAUCAAGAAAUAUAAUUUUUGCAGAAGUUGGAUAUCUGAUGAAACUCGAAAAAUGAUCAAAGAAGGUUUUCGACCAAAAGGUGGUGAUAUUGAACAGAUUUUGAUGCAAUUUUUAGGAGGAGCAGAGCAAAAACUUGAAAAUGUGUGUUUUUUUUUCAAUUUUUUUUGAAUUUAUUUUCAAAUUAAUUUUUUCAGAAAGUCGAUUUGCCAAACUUGGAUAAAUAUAAUAUUCGAGAAAAACGAUUGAAUAUUUUUAUGCAAACUAUCAAAUUGAAGUGAGUUUUCUUGGGUUCUGCCUGGAAAAUUUGUGUAGAAGGCUUACUGUAGUUUUCUUCAAAAAUAAAAUUUUCAGCUGGUCAGAAUUGGAAGCGCGAUUGGACUUGAAUUCGACUAAAAAAGAAUUGAUGGCUAGAUUUUGUGCAACAUUCAAUUUCGAUUCAGAAAAUAUAACGGGUUGGACAAAACAGGAAACAAAUCUUAUUGUUGCCACGAUUUUCUUGGCGUAAGUUCAAAUUUUCUCCUGAAAGUAAUCUAGUUUUUCUCUAUUUCAGAUUAUCACAAGUUGAUCCGGAAAUUGAAGACGAUUAUUGUCGAAAUAAUCAGAUCAGCGGCGAAUUUAUUGAAAUAGCAAAGCAAAUGUGUGGAGAUAUCAGUUUCCCAGAUAUUUUGAAAAUGAUCAAAAAUGUUAUUGGAACAUCUUCUGCAUGUUGA